AUGUACCCAAAGUCCCCCUCACCCACCAAUGGUGAUGACCCAUGCAGGAUAGAUGUCACCUAUGCUGCCAUAGGUGGUGUCACACUGCUCGUCUGCCUCUGUGGGCUGGCAGGGAACGGGGCUGUCUUUUGGCUCCUUCGCGUCCACAUCUGCAGAAACCCCACCACCGUCUACAUCAGCGAACUGGCCUUUGCUGACUUCUACUUCCUCCUCUUCAUGGCCGCCCAAUGCCUCCUCUACAUGAUACAAUAUGCCUCCUGCUCCACUGCUGUGUUCCAUGGGAACUUGAUGGCGUUUUUCCUGUUGCCCCUGUUAUUCUACCACAUGGAUCUGUAUCUACUGGCAGCCAUCAGCAUCGAGAGGUGUGGGUCCAUGUUCAGCUCACUCAGGUACCGCUGCUGCCGCUACCGCCACCAGCCAAGGGUGGUGUGUGUCCUGCUCUGGGCCCUCUCCUUCGCUACCACUGCUACAGUGGCUUACCUGUGCAUAUGGCAGGGGCAUAAGAACUGCCAGUUGUCUGUCAUUGCCAUGUAUGCCCUCAACCUCAUCAUUACUCCAGUCAUUCUCAUUUCCAGCACAAUCCUCUUCAUUAAGGUCCUGUGUGGCUCCCAGCACCACCAAGCCAAGAGGCUCCAUAUCGUUAUCCUCAUCAGUGUCCUCUUCUUCCUUAUAUUUGGGCUUCCCCUCAGCCUCUGGAAUUUCUUGCAGCAGUUCAGCUAUGCCAUUAUGUCCUCUCAGGUUGUUUUCCUUCUUGCCUGCAUCAACAGCAGCAUCAAACCCUUCAUCUAUUUUUGGAAGGGGAGCAGCUGGAGGGAAUGUGGCAUGGUGUCCCUCUUGGUCUGCCUCCAGAGGGUCUUCGAGGAGCCAGAAGAGAUGAUCUUACCAUCUGCCUGCAGCGAUGAUAUUAUCAUGAACACGAUUCUCAGAGCCUCUGGAACCCUUCCACCUGGUUCUGAAGGACCCCAGAACAUGGCUGAGAGUCUCCUUCAUGUUAUCCUGCAGAAGACGGUCAGGGGCAUUGCCAAGGGUGGUGUGGGAGGGUUGCUCUGCAAGGAGCAUGUUGAAGCAGGGCUUUCCUCAUCCCUCCCAGGUCCUAGAACACUGUUCCCUCAAGGGGAUCAUGACCCUGAGGACUCUGAUCCCCCAAAUCACCUGCAGUUCAGCUAUGCCACUGUGUCCUCUCCGAUUGUUUUCCUGCUUUCCUGCAUCAACAGCAGCAUCAAACCCUUCAUCUACUUCUUGGUGGGGAGCUGCUGGAGGGAAUGCUCCAUGGGGUCCCUCUGGGUCUCCCUCUAGAGGAUCUUCGAGGAGCCAGAAGACAACACUGCCUACA